CACAUUCUUUUCAUAUCCACUUCUCAUUUCAUCUUCCUUUGCUAACUUAAUAAGCUAGCUAGUCUUCCUCAUAUCCCUUCUUUUUACUCCCUUCAAAUAAAACACAAUCUUAAUAAUGGGUGUAUUCACAUACACAUUGGCUGACAUCACCAGCCCGGUUGCUGCGCCGCGGUUGUUCCAAGCUUUAGCCAUUGACAACCACAACUUGAUGCCUAAGGUUGUGCCUCAUUUGGUUAAAUCUGUUGAGUUUGUUGAAGGUGACUCCACCACCGUUGGUUGUGUCAAGCAGAUCAAUCUCCCCGACGAGGCUCCAUUCAAAUAUGUGAAAAACAGAGUGGACGAGAUCGAUGCCAGUAACUUGUACCUAAAGUACACUUGCAUUGAAGGAGAUGUGUUUCCUGAAACAGUAGAGUACGUUGUGUAUGAGGAUAAGUACGAGCCAUCAGAGGCCGGAACAAGGUGCAAGAUGGUGGCACACUAUCACUUGAAGGGUGAUAAUGUGAUGAAGGAUGAUGACCUUGUAAAGGCCAAAGAAGGAAUUCAGAAGAUAUUCAAGGCUGUUGAAGACCAUCUCAUUGCUAACCCUCAAGUUUAUGCUUGAACGUAACUAAUACAAAUAUGAUCCAAAGUUUAAUGAGUGAUAAUGUUUCCAAUUGUAACAAAAAAUAAAGUAUUUAAAAAUGAGAUAAUGUAGUGUGUGUGAAUCUGGGGUGAUGUUUUGAGAAAAUUAAUUAAUAAUAUUUGAGAAAGCAUUGUUAGUGAA